AUGCGUUUCUCGGCGGUGCUGUUAAGCAUCCUGGUGUUGGUGCUCAUCGUCGACAAUGGCUGGGCUUUCCUUGUUGACUCCACAUUCAGAAAUACAAGACUCGUUCGCGUCAUCGAUCUUCGAGGCAACGUUGUACAUCAUGACAUUGGCAUUCGAGCCAGGAACAUUGACAGCCAACCCAUGAAUGAAUACCUCUUCACUGUAUCGCCCGAGACGAAUGAGAACAUUGCUGAUAUCAAGGCAUCCUUACUUGAAGAACCGAGAACAGCUUUGGCAGUCGAACCGGUGCUUGAACCAACAGCUGGCCCUGGAUGGUACAAGGUUGUUUUCGAUAAGCCAAUCGAGCCGGAUACGGAGAUCCGCUUUGGUAUCAAGAUCGCCUACACGCAUGUAUUGGAGAACUUGCCCGCUUCCAUUAAGCAACUUGGACGACAAUACGUUUAUUAUUCAGAGAAUAUCUACGUCGACAAUCCUUACUUUACCGAUGAGAUAAAGACAACAUUGCACCUGCCUGCAGCAUCACGUGUGCUUUCGUAUACCGGUGGUCCUCAAGUUGAGCGAAUUGGUGACAAGAUUGUGUAUGGGCCUUACUUGUCGGUGACACCUGGAUCAUACAAUCCAUUCAGGAUCCAUUACGAGUAUUCCAAGCCCUUAUUGACUGUGACAGAGCUCCAACGUGAUAUUCAGGUGUCGCAUUGGGCUUCGAAUUUGGCUGUCGAGGAACAUUACAAGCUGGAGCACAGCGGUGCAAGAUUGGAAGAAGAAUUCAGCCGCGCCAUGUUUCAAAAGACGAGGAUGGUCCAUGAUCAAACCAAUGUGCUAAAGACAUUGACUUUUGAAUUGCCUGCAGCAGCACGAGAUGUAUAUUAUCGUGAUGAAAUUGGCAACGUUUCGACAUCCCGCUUGAGUUAUGGUCCCGAUAAAGCCACGCUACAACUGUUUCCUCGUUACCCCUUGUAUGGUGGUUGGAUUUACACGUGGUUUCACGGAUACAAUGUUGACGCUACCCAUUUUGUACGCUAUUCAUCCAAGUCGGGUCACUAUCUAUUGAAUCUCAACUUUGUGGAGAAUGUCCAAGACAUGGUUAUUGACAAAGCAGAGCUCCGGGUUGUGUUGCCUGAAGGUGCAAAGAACGUGCAAGUAGAAAUGCCAUUUGGUUACGACAACUUGGAACACGCCGUGCAUUAUACCAAUUUCGAUUCCACUGGCCGAUACGUCGUAGUGAUCCAAAAGCACAACGUGGUCCGUGAGCACCAGCAACCGAUCCAGAUCACUUACGACUAUCCUUCAUCUCGUCUCCUGCAAAAGCCACUGGUAGCCUCUGCUGCGAUAUUCAUCCUAUUCUUGGCCAGCAUUCUCUUUUCAAGGCUUAGUUUGUCGAUCGAGACACCUGCUGCUCACAUGUGUUAUGUAUCACAAAUGCAGAAAAAGUCGCAAUGA